AUGGGGCAUACACAUAAAGAAUAUAAAAACAAUGAGAAGAGUGCAAUAUUUUUUGAGUGGUUGAUUUUUUUUGUGGGUAUAAUAAUUCGUAUAAUUAUUUAUUAUUAUGGAAGGUGGCAAGAUAAAAACUUUAAUGUUAAGUUUACAGAUGUAGAUUAUUAUGUUUUUUCUGAUGCUGCAAAAUAUGUACUUAUGAACAAAUCACCAUAUGAAAGAUAUACAUAUAGAUAUACACCUUUAUUAGCAUAUAUAAUGAUACCAAAUUUUUUUGUUCAUUUUUCUUUUGGGAAAAUAUUAUUUUCAUUUAUCGAUAUUCUUGUUACUAUUCUUAUAAAUCAAAUUAUAAAAAUCAAAUAUACUAAUUGUAAAAAUUAUAUAUUUUAUACUUGUUUAUGGUUUUUAAAUCCAUUAGUCAUAAUUAUAUCCCUUCGAGGUAAUGCAGAUGUUAUCCCAUGCUUCUUAAUAAUAGUAACAAUCUUUUGUAUAUAUAAAAAACAUAUCUUUUUGUCUUCGAUUUUUUAUGGACUAGCUGUGAACUUUAAAAUAUAUACAAUUAUUUAUGCACUACCAUUCAUGUUAUAUUUAAAUAAAAAUUAUUUACUUGGGGAAAAUAUUUUUCAAUUAAAUGAAAAAAAAAAAAAAAAAAAAAAUGACUUCCUAUUAAACACAUUUUUUUAUAUUUUUCGUAUUAUAUCUAAUUUUUUUGUGGAAUUAUUUAAAUUAAAUUAUGAACAGUUUUUAUUUGCCAUAUGUAGUUCCUCGGUAUUUCUAAUUUUAAACUGUGUAUUCUAUAUCAUAUAUGGAUAUGAAUUUUUGUAUGAGUCUUUUAUAUAUCAUAUUAUUAGACGUGAUCAUAGGCAUAACUUUUCCCUUUUUUUUUACCUUAUGUAUUUAAGUAUUGAGAAGAAUUCAAAGAUUAUUCCCUUAAUAACCUUUGUACCACAAAUAAUUUUAGUAGCCUUAUUUGGAUUUAAAUAUGCAAGAACGAAUUUGGAAUUAUCCAUGUUUUUACAAACUAUUUCUUUUAUUGCAUUGAAUAAAGUGUGCACAUCUCAGUAUUUCAUUUGGUGUAUUCCAUUUUUACCAAUUAUACUUUGUGCCAUAACCUUAAGCAAGAGAAAUAUGUUUCUUAUAAUAUCCUCCAUUUUAUUUUUUAUUGUGGCAAAAUUGCAUUGGCUUUGGUGGGCUUAUUACCUUGAAUUUCGAGGGUAUAAUACCUUUUUACAAUUAUUUUACUCCUCGGUUUUAUUUGUCAUAUCUGAGAUAUCUAUAUGUUGGGUUUUUAUGUAUAUAAAUUUUAAGGAACAAAAAACCAAAAUAACGUGA